AUGAAGGGGGCGACAUCGUUGCUGCUGGCCCUCCUGGGCCUUGCAGCUAGAACCACUGCCGACCCAACAUGGCCUGCGGAUAUCGACGAGCUCGAAGAAAUCAUGUACCAAACCACCGGUGUCCGGUCACGAAAGUUUGCCGACUCCGUCAACCCCUGCACACGAGAGGUCUCUGGUGCAGGUCGCAAAAACGCCGCCGAGUGGCUGAGGACCGCCUUUCACGAUAUGGCUCCGGCAAACGUAUACAGGGGAACUGGCGGCAUGGAUGCAUCUUUGCAGUAUGAGCUGGGAUCGAGUGACAACACAGGUCCAGGCUUCGGCACCACCAUGACCUUCAUGGCUCCCUAUCUGACGCGCAAGAGCAGUAUGUCAGACCUCAUCGCACUUGGCGUCUACACAUCUGUGUUGUCUUGCAAGGGCCCAUCUGUUGCCAUACGAGCCGGCCGGAUCGAUGCAACAGGACCGAACGACUCUGGCGCCGUUCCCACACCUGGAGACUCGACUCCAGUGUUCCUGAACCGAUUCGUUCGCAUGGGUUUCUCUACAGCAGACAUGAUACAAAUGACGGCGUGCGGUCACACCAUUGGCGGUGUUCACUCGGCCGACCAUCCCGAUAUCGUCCCUGCUGGCCAAUUCACAAACGAAGUUGCCACCUUCGAUACCACCGAUGCCGCGUUCGAUCCCAAAGUCAUCACCGAAUAUCUCGCCGGUACCACUCAGAACCCACUGGUCAACGUUCCCGGGACCCAGAAGGGAAAGAAUUCCGACUUCAGAGUCUUCAACGCCGAUAAUAAUGCAACCGUAAAGGCGAUGACAGACGCCACUGUCUUCAACAACGUCUGUAAAGCCAUCUUUGAGAGAAUGGUCAAUGUCGUGCCGUCCGGCGUGACUCUGAGCGACCCCAUCCAGCCCUACCAAGUGAAGCCGGUACAAAUGCAACUCACACUCGCCGACGUAUCAACCCUGUCACUGACGGGUGUUAUCCGUGUUCGCACGACCAACUUUCCCCUAGCGAACAUCGCCAGCCUCACUAUCAACUACAAGAAUCGGAAUGGCGGCACCGUUUGUGGAUCUGGACCUUGCGCCUUCACCAUUACUGUUUCUGGUGCUUCCACGAACUUGGAAGAGAGCUUCGCGUGGUUUACAAUUAUACAGAAUCAACAGAAUGGAGUCAGAAUCCCGGUCUCAUCUGGUAUCUCAUCCUUCACAAUAACAAUCAAUAUGAACGAUGGUUCCACCAAAUUUUUCGACAACAAUGGCAACGGUUAUCCCAUGCAGGACGGUAUUUUCCUUCAGACUGACCAGAGCUGUUUGACCCAGUCCAACGGCACGGCCACUUUCGUUGCCGCCGUCCGUAACGAUCGCAUCUCACAGCCUGUAAGCGUUAACGUCUGGUACAAAACAAAGCGUACCACCAGUGUCGUGCCACUCCUGAGCAACAUGACACUGGCCAUGACACAGGGAGCUUGCCAAGGAGGUUAUACCUUCUUCACCGUGACGACCACCAUCCCGGGUGGUGUCAGUGUUGAGUCAACAAUGGAUUUAAUCAGCGGAGACAUGGUCGAUUCUUUCAAGAAGGCCAACACCGUAGGUGGAACCUGCCAGCCGUGGUCUGGAGGUAGUUUUUGCAGCAGUAUCACUGUCUCAUCUGUUGUUCCGACAAGCACUGCGAGUGCCCCCAGCCACCGUGCUACCAUGGGCGGGUACAAGUUCGUUUCUUGCUGGACCGAAGCAACAAAUGGGCGUGCUCUCAAGGGCGCGGCGUUCGCCUACGACGGCAUGACUUUGAGUAGCUGCAUGGCCAACUGCACCGGAUUCGACUACUGGGGCACAGAGUAUGGACGGGAGUGUUACUGCGGCAACUCCUUGGACUCUACUAGUACUUCUGCACUCUUGGUCGACUGCAAUAUGCCCUGCUCUGGAGACUCAACUCAGUACUGUGGCGCGGGCAACAGAAUCGAGCUGUAUUCCACCACCGCCACCCGUACAAGCAGCUCAACCGCGUCUGCGACUGCGACCCUCGCCCAUAUUUCCGCCGUUGGACAGUACUCUUUGAUUGGUUGCCAGACCGAGGCCACCAAUGGCCGCGCCCUCCAAGCAACUUCGACGGCAGCCGACGACAUGACCCUGGAGAAGUGUGCUACCUUCUGCUCUGGCUACACAUACUUUGGUACCGAGUACGGCCGCGAAUGCUAUUGCGGUAACAGCCUACAGGAUACUAGCAAAUCUGCUCCCAUCACUGAUUGCAACAUGAAAUGUGCUGGAAACCAGUAUCAGUAUUGCGGUGACGGAAAUCGCCUCGAGCUGUACAAGCUUGGGACCUCUUCGUCUUCCUCUCAUUCUUCGAUUGUUUCGGCUACAGCAACGGCGUCUAGCAGCAGCUCGCGCACUUCUAGCAGUUCCUCUACCUCCACCACUCCCUCAAGCACCUUCAGUGCUCUCGGCAGCAGUGGAUCUUCCUCCUCAAGUGCUCCGUUUACUGGAUCGUCCACUUUCAGCACCGUGGUGUCCUCGACGAGUAGCGCCGCGCCGUCCACCCGUACCUCUUCCUCCUCCGCCUCAACAUUGUCAGCCCAGGCCGUGUCAAGCUCAGUCUCCAGCAGUUCGGUGACUCCGAGCAGCAGUUUGUCCUCGACGAGAAAGCCUGUUUCGACCAGUGCUGCAGUAUCGUCGACCAGUAGCCUUGUUUCUUCUACCACAACUUCGAGCGCGACUAGCACUGUCCCUACGCUUGCCCACAAAGCGACUGUGGCCGCUUACAACUUGACGGGCUGCUGGACAGAAGGAAAUGGCGUUCGUGCGCUGAGCCAGAACAGCUAUGCCUCCCACGACAACAUGACUCUCGAAAACUGCGCCGCCUUCUGUUUAGGUUACAAGUACUUUGGGACGGAAUACGGAGGCGAGUGUUAUUGCGGCAACUUCCUUGCUUCGAGCAGCUCGUCAGCUCCUUUGAGCGACUGCAGCAUGACUUGCACUGGAAAUCAGUACGAAUACUGCGGCGCCGGCAACAGGCUUACCCUUUACACCAACAGCAACGACAAGGUUACCGGCCCAAGUCAACCUGCCAACGUUGGCGUCUACUCUUUCCUCGGUUGCCGGACAGAGCCAGCCCAAGGUGGCCGUGCUCUAAGUGCCAAGGCGACGGCUGCAGACAAGAUGACAAACGAGGUGUGCGCGUCGUUUUGUGACGGCUUCGCAUACUUCGGCACAGAAUACAGCGGCGAGUGCUAUUGCGGCUCUGCCCUGCCGGACACUUCUCUCGUGGCACCUGUCAGCGAAUGCAAUAUGCUCUGCUCGGGUAGCAGCACUGAGUACUGUGGCAGUGGCAAUCGUUUGAAGAGUGGUCGCUCUGGCAUGAUCAAACUCGAGUAUCUCAUGAGAAUGCAGAGCAAAGAAUGUCAAAUCUACUUCCUGGCAAAGGUGUCUUUUCUUGCCUCCUUUGGAAACUCUCUUAAGCUCAUCCCGCGCUUCCCAGAAGAGGACGCAAAACUACGAGCGACAAGCCUGCGCGUCCGGCGAGGAGGCAACUGCCCCAACACGAUCGAAGUUCUGCAGCAGCUGCUCAGAAACCCGCCCGGCGGCGGCGACGAGUCUUCACCCCAGGAGGAGGCGCUGCAGAUGCAUCUCGUCUCGACCCUGCCGGAGCGCCAGUCGCAGGCAACAGCGAACAUCAUCGCCUCACUGACGCCGACGUCACCAUCGUCAGGCCAGGAGCCCUCGCCCUCCUCGUCAGCCGUUGACUUCGACCACUCCCUCUUCCGCGCGGGCCACCAGGUGCCGGCGAGCUGCUACAUCCUCCGCAGCGAGGCGACCGGCAGCCGGACAAUCGUAAACCACAACGACCUCCCCGAGAUGACGGCCGCCGAGUUCCUGGUCGUCGCGGAGGCGUUCCGGGGCCGUGGAGAGAAGACAUGGUGGCACUUUGAGGGGCGGAUACCCGAAACGACGCUCGAGUGUGUCCGAUCGUUGAGACGCGUGCUGGGCGCGAGUGCGACGGUCAGCGUCGAGGUCGAGAAGCCUGGGAGACCUGGGCUCAGGGAACUCGCCGCGGAAGCGGACGUCGUCUUUUACUCCAAGAGCUGGGCCGAGCACUGCGGCUACACAUCUGCUGAGGCUUGCCUGAGAGGGGAGAGCCAGCCGCGAGCCUCUCUGGCGAUGAUCACAUGGGGGGCCGAGGGGGCGUCGUGCCUAUCGCUGCAAGAUCAACGUUACGUCGAACGUCCGGUCGAGCACGCAGUCCAGCAUGUGGUUGACUCGGUAGGUGCUGGAGACACGUUCGUCGCAGGCAUGCUUUACGGACUCAUUUGCCGGGAGCGUUGGGAGCUGGGAGAGAAGCUCGGCUUCGCGGUCGACCUGGCCACUCUCAAAGUCCAGCGCGAGGGGUUCAGUGGGCUGGGAGACGAAAUGCAAAGUCGUGCUAGCGGUGGGUCGUCCGCAUCGGGUCAGGCCAGGCAAUAG